AUGGAACAAUCAUAAACAGAAAAGAUAAGGUUUCAUUGCAACGAGCACGAAGGAUAUGAAGUUAUAUCAAUAUUAGUAAGCGAGGAAGUUAAUUCUGAUAAGAGACUAUGCUGUUAAAAAUGCAUGAUUUAUACUUAUAGAGGUUUAACAACCGAUUAAUUUAUUUUGAUUGAAGAUCUACUUUAGGGUAAAGAAUAGGCAACCUCCUAUUUUCUUCCUGUAAAGAAGAGAGAGUUAGACAUCAUUUAAGAAGCUAUAAUAAAAUCAUAGAACAAUGGGUAUUUAAGAGCAGUUGAAGAUUACUUCAGUGACUUACAAAAAAAGAUUAACUAAAUGAUUCAUGAUAAAAAAAAGGAAGCUCUACUUAAAGCAGAAGAAAAGUAGUACUUAAUAGAGGACCUGAGAGAUUCCUUCAAUCGUUCAGAUGAAGUAAAGGAACUUCAAAGCAUACUCUUUAAUUCUUACAAAAACUCAGAAAAUAUCACUAAAUUAUCUGAAAAAGUAGAUGCUUUUCUUUAAAAGCAUAGAUAGCUUUAAAAUGAAGCUGAGAACAGAUAUUAAGCAUUGAACAAUCCUAUUUAAACAGAAGCACAAGAAUAACUGUAAGGGUAGCCAUAAGAAUCACAAGAAAAUCAGGAAAAUCAAAAUUCUGUUGUAGAAAACAUAUAAAAUUAAAUGAGAAAUCCAGAAAGUGGUGAUUUCUACUCUAAAUUUAAAAAUUUUAGAAAGAAAGAUUUUUAAAUAAAAGUAACUCCACUUGAGAUUUAUAUAAUUCCUGUUUAUGAUCUCUCUAUCUAAUUUGUUAAAACUAGCACUAAUGAUUUAGUUCUUGAUAAAAAUGAGGAAGGAUAAGCCUUUAUUAAAAAUAAUGGAGGUUAAACUUCUAAUUGUAGAUCAGAUUAUAUUAUUCGUUAAGAUAAAACUCAUGUUUUUACAUUUUAAUUCAACUCAAAACCAUCAGAUUAUAUGAGAAUAGGCAUAGCUAAAAAAACUGAUGAUCCUGAAGACAAACUCUGCUAGUGCUUCGGAUGGUCCAAUAAUUUUGAUCUUGUGAUUGAACGCGGAGAAAAUUUAUCAAACUUAAUGGGCCCAAAUACAAUAGUGAAAAUGGAGGUGAAUGUAAAGCAAGAUGUUUUAAAAUUUUAUGACUAUGAAAUGAAAAAUAUUGCAAAAAAGAAAUCAACUUUCAGUUUAGAUUCAAAUGGAGAGUACAAUAUAGUUGUUUAUUUCCACAGUGAUUUAAAAUAACCUAUUAUACUCACUCUUAUAUCUGCUGAGUUGAUAGAUUGA